CCACCAACAACAACAGCAACAAAAUUGAUAAUUUUUCGAAUUCGCAUUUUUAACCACUGUUGAGCUUGGUUGAUUCGGCCGUUUGGGUGUGAGCAAGUCAGUGUGUGUGUGUGUAACCGUGGGAUAUAGAGAGAGAUGUCUAACAUAAGACAUCGCCCUCUGGCCCCACCGGGUACGGGCGAUAGCGAUGACAACUUUACAGAUGAUGAGAGUUCACCAUUGACACAAGAUAUUUAUGGCGGAAGCCAACGUACUAUACAGGAAACAAAAGGCUGGGAUGUAUUCAGAGAUCCACCCAUUAAAAUAGAAACGGGCUCAACGGCAAAUCAAGAAUGUCUAGAAUUAACUGUAAAAAUUUUAAAAAUCUUCGCCUAUAUCUUCACAUUUAUAAUCGUGUUGUUGGGCGGUGUGGUGGCAAAAGGCUGUGUAUUAUUUAUGACAUCACAAAUCCGUAAAGAUAAGAGAAUAGAAUAUUGUAAUAAAGAUUUUGGUCGUGAUAAAACAUUUAUGGUCAAAUUACCCGAAGAAGAGCGCAUAGCAUGGAUCUGGGCUUUGAUUAUAGCCUUCUCUAUACCCGAAGUGGGUUCUCUAAUACGUUCGGCGCGUAUUUGUUUCUUCAAAACCUUUAAAGUUCCCAAGACAGGUCACUUCCUGUUCAUGUUCAUUAUGGAAACUUUCAAUACUUUUGGCACGGCACUGCUGAUGUUUGUCGUUUUGCCGCAAUUGGAUGCCAUCCAAGGCGCCAUGUUGACAAAUUGUUUGUGUGUUGUACCCGGUGUCUUGGGUUUGAUGUCACGCACCAGCAAGGAGGGCAAACGUUUUGCCAAGAUGUUAAUCGAUUUAAUAGCGGUAGCUGCUCAAGUAACAGGUUUCGUUAUUUGGCCUCUAUUGGAGAAUCGUAAAGAGCUGUGGGUUAUACCGGUAGCUUGUCUAAUGGUCUCUUGUGGUUGGUGGGAGAACUAUGUUACCUCACAAUCUUCAUUUGCUUUAAUAAGAUCCAUGGGCCGGGCUAAAGAUGAUUUGAAAUACACCAGAUAUUUCAGUCACAUGUUUUUGUCCAUAUGGAAGAUAUCUUUGUUCCUUUGUUCGGUGUUGUUGAUCUAUUGGAUACAAGGUGAGGAGCCUGGUAAUAUUUUCGGUUUAUUCAGCGAUGCCUUUGGACCACACAAAAUCUCGGUAGAUGAAUUGGCCACCUCGUUAACUAACAGUUUGCCCGAUACCAUUGAUGCGGCUAAUAUUGAUAGUAUUGAUAUUGAGGCUGCCUAUAAUACAGUGAUUUAUGUUUUGCUGAUACAGAUUUUCGGCGCUUAUCUUUGUUAUAUUUUUGGCAAAUUCGCUUGCAAGAUUUUAAUACAAGGCUUCAGUUAUGCCUUCCCAGUCAGUUUGACUGUACCCAUUGCUGUGUCUUUGUUGAUAGCGGCCUGCGGUAUUCGCAUUGAUGAUCCCUGCUUCUUCCACGACACUAUACCGGAUUAUUUGUUCUUUACAAGUCCUUCGAACUUUAGAUUCAAUGAUUUUGUUACCAAUCAAAUGGCCUGGGCUUGGAUUUUAUGGUUAUUGUCGCAGACCUGGAUUGGCUUGCACAUAUGGACACCAAAAUGUGAACGUUUAGCUACCACGGAAAAAUUGUUUGUUAAACCCAUGUACUGUUCUCUGCUGAUAGAUCAAUCUAUGGCCAUGAACAGACGAAGAGAUGAUCAAGCUGAUGUCAAAACAGAGGAUCUUUCGGAAAUUGAAAAGGAGAAAGGAGAUGAAUACUAUGAAACCAUAUCGGUUCACACAGAUGGCUCGGCCAUACAAAGCAAGCCCACCAUCAAGUCGUCCGAUCAUAUUACCAGAAUAUAUUCAUGCUGUACUAUGUGGCAUGAAACCAAAGAUGAGAUGAUAGAGUUUUUAAAGAGCAUUAUGCGUAUGGAUGAAGAUCAGUGUGCUCGUAGAGUGGCUCAAAAGUAUUUGAGAAUUGUGGAUCCCGAUUAUUAUGAAUUUGAAACUCACACUUUCUUCGAUGAUGCUUUUGAAAUUUCCGAUCACAGUGAUGACGAUAUCCAAGUAAAUCGUUUCGUAAAACUCUUGGUAGCUACAAUGGAUGAUGCGGCUUCCGAAAUCCAUCAGACCAGAAUACGUUUGCGUCCACCCAAGAAAUAUCCCACACCCUAUGGCGGUCGUUUGGUAUGGACUCUGCCCGGUAAAACAAAGUUCAUUACUCAUUUGAAAGACAAAGAUCGUAUUCGUCAUCGUAAGCGUUGGUCCCAGGUCAUGUACAUGUACUAUCUUUUGGGUCAUCGUCUCAUGGAGCUGCCAAUAUCUGUGGAUCGUAAGGAUACUAUAGCCGAAAAUACCUACCUUUUGACUUUGGAUGGUGAUAUUGAUUUCAAGCCAAAUGCUGUCACUUUGCUGGUGGAUUUGAUGAAGAAGAACAAGAAUUUAGGUGCUGCUUGUGGACGUAUUCAUCCGGUCGGUUCCGGUCCUAUGGUGUGGUAUCAACUGUUCGAGUAUGCUAUUGGUCAUUGGCUGCAAAAGGCCACCGAACAUAUGAUUGGUUGUGUACUUUGUAGUCCCGGUUGUUUCUCGCUUUUCCGUGGCAAGGCCUUGAUGGACGAUAACGUUAUGAAGAAAUAUACCACCCAGUCAGAUGAAGCUCGCCAUUAUGUACAAUACGAUCAGGGAGAAGAUCGUUGGUUGUGUACUUUGCUGUUGCAGCGUGGCUAUCGUGUCGAAUAUUCAGCUGCCUCCGAUGCCUACACUCACUGUCCCGAAGGUUUCAAUGAAUUCUACAAUCAACGCCGUCGUUGGGUACCCUCCACCAUUGCCAACAUUAUGGAUUUGCUGGGCGAUGCCAAGCGUACGAUUAAGAUUAACGACAACAUCUCACUGCUCUACAUUUUCUACCAAAUGAUGUUGAUUGGUGGCACUAUUCUGGGUCCCGGUACGAUUUUCCUUAUGUUGGUGGGUGCUUUUGUGGCUGCCUUCCGUAUAGACAAUUGGACUUCCUUCCAUUACAAUAUCAUACCCAUUCUGGGUUUCAUGUUUAUCUGUUUCACCUGUAAAUCCAAUAUACAACUGUUUGUAGCUCAAGUCUUGUCGACAGCAUAUGCGCUCAUUAUGAUGGCUGUCAUUGUGGGUACGGCGCUGCAGUUAGGCGAGGAUGGUAUAGGUUCUCCUUCAGCCAUUUUCUUGAUAUCCAUGGUGGGGUCGUUCUUUAUAGCGGCGUGUCUGCAUCCGCAGGAGUUUUGGUGUAUAUCAGCGGGUCUUAUCUAUUUACUUUCCAUACCUUCUAUGUACUUGUUGUUGAUCUUGUAUUCGAUCAUUAACUUGAAUGUGGUAUCCUGGGGUACGCGCGAAGUGGUGGCCAAAAAAACCAAAAAAGAAAUGGAAGCCGAAAAGAAGGCUGCCGAAGAGGCGACCAAACAAGCAAAACAAAAAAGUAUGUUAGGCUUUUUGCAGGGCGGCGUGGGUAGCAAUGCCGAUGAGGAAGGUUCCGUGGAAUUCUCCUUAGCUGGGCUAUUCCGUUGCAUCUUCUGUACCCAUGGAAAAACUUCCGAUGAAAAACAACAACUUACCACUAUAGCCGAAUCAUUGGAUACAAUUAAAACUCGUAUCGAUAGCAUUGAACAGACGAUUAAUCCUCAUGAACAACAUUCUCAUCGUCAUGGUCGUAGACGUACUACUUCAAGUGGUUCCAAGGACCAUCAUUUACUGUCCUCCGUGGCCGAAAAGUCUGGUGAUGAAUCUGAAGAAUCCGAUACUGAUACUUCGGUGGAGCCGAAACAAGAAAGAGAUUUCCUUACAAAUCCCUAUUGGAUCGAAGAUGCUGAAUUACGUAAGGGUGAGGUAGACUUUUUGUCCAGCGCUGAGUUGCAAUUCUGGAAGGAUUUGAUAGACAAAUAUUUAUUCCCCAUCGAUAAUGAUCCCGUUGAACAGGCUCGUAUUGCCGCUGAUCUAAUUGAUUUGAGGAACAAGUCGGUCUUCGCCUUUUUCAUGGCCAAUGCCUUGUUUGUCUUGAUUGUAUUUCUACUGCAAUUGAACAAGGAUAAAAUACACAUUGUUUGGCCACUGGGUGUCAAAACCAAUAUAACCUACAUAGAAGAAACUUCCGAGGUCCAUAUUUCGAAGGAAUAUCUGCAAUUGGAACCGAUUGGUUUGGUGUUUGUGUUCUUCUUUGCCUUGAUUUUGGUCAUACAAUUUACGGCCAUGUUGUUCCAUCGUUUCGGUACUUUGUCACAUAUUUUGGCUUCAACAGAAUUGAAUUUCUUUAAAAAGAAAUCGGAAGAUCUUUCACAAGAUGCACUGAUAGACAAGCAUGCUGUGGAUAUAGUUAAAAAUCUACAACGACUGCAGGGCAUAGAUGGAGAUUAUGACAAUGACUCCGGCAGCGGACCCGAUCGUAUUGCUAGACGUAAAACUAUACAAAAUCUGGAAAAGGCACGUCAACCCCGCCGUCAAAUUGGUACUUUGGAUGUGGCCUUUAAGAAGCGUUUUAUGAAAUUAACCGCCGAAGCGGAAAAUAAUCCCUCUACUCCCAUCUUAACGAGACGUUUGACCAUGCGCGCCGAAACUAUUCGGGCUUUGGAAGUUCGCAAAAAUUCCGUUAUGGCCGAAAGAAGAAAAUCAGCAAUGCAAACUUUGGGAGCCAAAAAUGAAUAUGGCAUUGCUGCUGUUUCAACUUUGAACAAUAAUGGUGGUAUUCCUAAUGUUCGCAGUGGUCGUAUCUCCAAUGCUGGCAUUAAUAUAAAAGAUGUUUUCAAUGUAAAUGGUGUUCCCGCAGAGCAAAUCUAUGGUUCCAAUGGUGGUGGCACCAUUAAUCAGGGCUACGAACAUGUGAAUGAAGAAGAUGAUGGCAACUCCCUAAGAUUGACCACUAGAAAUCCACCACAAGUUACCUGGGGUACUAACAGCAACAAUACAGGACGUAUGUAAAGACAAACAGCUGUCUGUAAAGGACAAAAACACAGUGAAAAAAAAACUACUUUAAUUUAUAAAAAAAAAUUUAGUUUUAUAAAGAAAUUUAUAAUUUUUUUUUACUAUUAUUAAAUAAUUGUUAAGUUCGUUUAUAGUGGUCACAACUAUUAAGGUCUUCCAAUUUGUAUGUUACUAAAAUAUUUUCGUUUCCAAAAACGUUAAUCAAUAUUUUGCUGCCUG